AUGCAUGCGACGUUCAGGUCACAAAUCGCGCUAGUUGCCCAGCGCCCCAGCCUUCAGCAAUCAAUCAAGAGCAGCACCUUCAGGCGAUCGAGACAAUGGCGUUCCUACUCUACUCCGCUGCCUGAUGGAACACUGCCUCUCCAGGGUAUUCGGGUGCUUGAUAUGACAAGAGUCCUUGCCGGGCCGUACUGUACACAGAUCCUCGGAGACUUAGGGGCGGACGUGGUCAAGGUGGAACAUCCUGUGCGGGGAGACGAUACUCGGGCGUGGGGACCCCCAUACGCCAAAUACAAGGACGGUCCGCAGAAAGGCCCCGGGGAAAGCGCAUAUUACUUAGCUGUCAACCGCAACAAAAAGUCGCUCGGCCUCUCGUUUGCUCACAAGUCCGGUGUCGAUAUCCUCCACAAACUAGUCAAGGAGUGCGAUGUCCUAGUCGAGAACUACCUCCCUGGAAGCCUCAAGAAAUAUAACAUGGAUUACGAGACCCUACGCCAAAUCAAUCCUAGCCUAAUCUAUGCCAGUAUUACGGGAUACGGCCAGACUGGACCCUACAGCAACCGCGCUGGGUACGAUGUGAUGGUGGAAGCUGAGAUGGGGCUGAUGCACAUCACUGGGAGUAGAGGGGGAGAUCCGGUCAAGGUUGGUGUGGCCGUCACGGAUUUGACAACAGGAUUAUACACGUCCAAUGCGAUCAUGGCCGCCUUGCUUGCCCGGGCAAGAACUGGGAAAGGACAACACAUCGAUAGCGCGUUGAGCGACUGCCAAGUUGCAACACUUGCCAAUAUCGCAAGCUCUGCUCUUAUUAGUGGACAGAAAGAUUCUGGACGAUGGGGUACUGAGCAUCCAUCCAUUGUUCCGUAUCGAAGCUACCAAACACUUGACGGGGAUAUCCUAUUUGGGGGCGGCAAUGACAGGCUAUUCGGUGUCUUGUGCGAUCGACUAGGACACCCCGAGUGGAAAGAGGACCCUCGAUUUCUGACCAACAGUGACCGUGUAAAGCACCGGGCUGAAAUUGAUGGCUUGAUUGAGGACUGUGUCAAGCAGAAGACAACACAGCAGUGGCUGGAAAUCAUGGAAGGCAGUGGGAUGCCCUACGCGGCUGUCAAUGAUAUCCAGGGGACCUUGAAUCAUGCGCACGUCCGAGCUCGCGGAAUGAUCACCGAAGUGGAUCAUCCAACGUGUGGUCCUGUCAAGUUGGUAAACACUCCGAUCAAGUAUUCCCAUGCAACUCCUGGCGUGCGGACGCCCCCUCCAACCCUCGGGCAACACACCGACGAGAUUCUCGGAGAACUUCUCCAAUAUGGCAAAAAAGAGAUAUCUCAAUUGAAGCAGGAUGGCAUUGUAUCAUAG